AAAGAGAAAGUUAAGCAGAGAUUAAAGAUUAAUUUACAUUGGUGGAAACGGGCAUAAGUCUGUUUAAAAAAAUAAAAUUAUUAAUUUUUGUUUUGUUUGACACAGAAAGAAAUAUUAAUUGAAUUAGAAAAAUUAUACAGUUAAAAAUUUUGCUACAGACAAUCCUGUUAAAUUUAUCGUUGAUUAAGUUGAUUAAUUGGAGUUUAGUUGAAGUCACCCGAAAAAAUCAUUGUCAUCAACGGAAUUAUUACUCUGAGAAAAAAAAAUUGUUGCGUUUCAUCUAGAUUUAUAACUCGGAUAAAACAGGAAUUGGUAUUGUCGACGAGAGUGAGUGAAGCAAAGGGAAUUCGCGUAUCUCAUUCUCGCGUCUUUCAACCGAUGGCGACGGGAUGGCCGAAUCGAGCGGACAAUACAAAAUAUACGCUGAUGCCGAUUAACGCGUCCUUUACCGGGAUAAUCGUGUAAUCGCAACGCGUAACGAUCGCACUUAUGUACGUAUGUAUGUGUAGAAAACAAAAAAUGGAAAAAAAUAGAACGGUCGGAAUGCGUAAUGCCGCGAAUGAUGAAUCACGCAUCCCCCUUGCUCCGCGUGAACGUAGGCUCGUGACUCAGGGGGGAGCACAGGCUCCCAAGGUUGCGAGACAAAAGGGUAGCUCUCUCGGACUCUUGCCCUACAUUCGACGGCGCCUCGUUGUUUCGCUUAUCAGAUAGGAACGCGUUAUUUUCAGGGGUUUAAGGCAGUUUAGGCUUGAGGCUUUUUUUUUUUAUUGUCGCGGCCAGUUACGCUUACGUUUGCUCCGGCAAACUAUUACCGAAAGAGAAAAGAAAGAAAGAAAGAAAGACAGAGAGAAGAAGGGAAGGAGAAGGGAUAGAUGUUGACGUUGGGACGUUUUCGCGCGCUGCUCUCUGUGUUUUGAUGGCGAUCGGUAUAUGAAAAUAGAAACGCUCGAAGGGCGCUCAGUGGCAAUGAAACGUCCGCGUAGUAAUCGCGACGUACGUGGCGCGAUUCAAUUGAAUUCGGCUCCGUAAUCUCGUCCUAUCCUCCCUCCCCGUCGUCCCUCGUGCAAAACAUUUCGCCGGUGAUGAUGAUCCCGCCACCCUCCGCCGCGGCCCUUCGCCAUCAUCACCGCCACCACCACCACCACCACCAUUACCACCACUACCCUCGCCGCUUCCGCGAUACAGCGGCGACGAACAGCGACGCCUCCGCACGGCGUCGAUCAAUAACACCGCCGUCGGUGACGCCGGCGUCGAGAGCGUCGUCGCGCUUGCGAGGGAUCAGCGGCGCGACGCGAGGCGUCGCGUUAUCGGCGACGAGAGUCGUUACGCCGUGCGUCGUCGACUUUGGAUCAGCGGCGCAGCAGCAGCUGCAGCACCAGCAAAGAGCCUCCUCCGGUGCGAGCUUCUCGCUCGCGGUUCCGCGGCGACGGGCAUGUGACCCGGGACCCUCCCGUACGAGCCGUUAUUCGCCGCCAACGAGGAAGGACGCACGUCCCCCGGGAACUCGUUCGAGUCGAGUGCCGAAUCGCCGAGGUCCCACCCACGAAAUGGCUAAGAACGUAGGGGAGAGUCGGAUACCUGUUCCACGGGCAACGCGGCCCUCGUUCUUCCCGAAAUCGAGAGUACUCGAGGCGUCGAGGCUCCUGACGGGAGGUCGCCGAUCAACGAUCUUCUCGGGAUGUUUACAGUUUAACAGCGAGGACGAGUCCCCCACGUCGCGGGAGUUCACGGGAUUCGCGACAUCUUCGCCCAACAUCAAAACGGAUUCAACGGCAGAUAAGACAUUCACGAUAUCACCCGCGUGGGACAUCGAUAAGAAUGAUGUGCAACAAUUGGUACAUCUCAGCGAGGAGAAAAGCAGCCUAUUCAGGCUACUUGAAGAUCCUCAGCUGAGCAUGAUCGAGGAUAUCGGUGACACCUGUCUCGUAGAAUCGUCUCUGGGCAAUUACAAUGAUGCGAGCGGAACGCCGCAUUAUUUAAUGCUGAACAAGCAGAACUCCUUCGAGCACGACGAGAGUCUUGGAAUAUUGACGCCGGACCAGAUGACCGAUUUCACGGUGGCGUUGGAGUGCUCCAGGACACCAUCCUGCGAGAACCUCACUGGAUCGGCCGGCUCGAAAUUGGCGUUGACCCGAGCGUCCGCGUCGACGAGACCGCUACUGGACGUGGAACCGGCGGAGGAGGGCUGCACCGAGAGGACCCCCUCGCCGGAGGAGCUACCGCUCGACCCCAAACCCGUGGAGCCGAUCAGAGGUAACGCCGUGCCGGUGAGCUUCGUCACGUCGGUAACGAGCAUCACCAGUCUGGAGGCGGGCUAUCAGGGAGACGGCGAGAAUUCGCGACCGGCCAGUCGCGGCGCGGAUCCGCCGUCCAUGGCGGCACCGCCGGUCAAUCUUCCCGCACCUUGCCGUCAGGAUCCGAUGACCGACUCGGACUUCUUUACCGAGAGCGACGCGGACGCGCACGAGGAAAUCGUGCGGGGCGACAGGAAGGCGCAGGUGAUCGACGGCACGCUGUUCUGCGCGCCGGGCGAACGCGUGUGUCCCAGCUUUACCGGGGAGGAGAUGGACUCGAGCGGGAUUUAUUCAGAUUUGGACAAGCUACAGGCGCCUGGCGAGCAGGCGCCGGAGGAGAACGACGAUCAUACUCCGGACACCGGAGACACCGAGCUCUCUCAAAGGAGUCAGCCAUCGCCCAAUGCGAACGUUAUCAUGGAUUACUUACAGAAUUCCACAAAGUCAUCAGAUGAAACGAGCAACACGAACGACACAAUGGUCUCUGUCGAAGUCACGGCGAUCGAAAAAGUCGAGAAGAACGAAAACAUUAGGCCCAAACCGCAAAGCAAGGCCGAUACGAUGCCUUUGAAAAAAUAUAAGAUGCCGAAGAGAAACGUUGUCUCGAAGAUCAAGGCGAUGAUCGAGUCUUCUUCGAAAGACGACGCGGAGAAGGAGGCGAGACGCUCUCAGAGGUCAGCGCGAAAAGGCGGACGCUGGGAUGCUGUGAUGAACAAGAUAGAGGCUGGUAAAAAUGAGCAGAGAACGAGAUCGGUUAGGAAAGAAGUGAAAUCGAGAGUAUUGCAGAAUCUAACUCUGUCGCCUUCCACGAGAUCAACGUCGAAGAAAGCCGGCGACGCAAACAACAACAAUAACAAGGACAAACGGAGGCUGCGUGGCUGGCAAGAAAUGAAAUCACCGACGCAGGAAACGGCCAGGAGUUCUGUUCGUAGUUCCAUGAGCGACCUCAGUAGCGGCCCAAGUAAAGACAUGCCAAAGAGAUCACCGACGUCCGCGAACCCGUCCCGGAGGUUCGUCUCGAAUGGCAAUCACCAUCCGGUCCGCGUCAACAGCUUUGACGCGAAGAAGAGCUGCGUCGACGUGGCGACGGUUGAACUCGAAAAGAGCCCGCCGUCAGCGCGGAAACCAACAAUAACGAGGAGAUCGACGGCCAAUACGAAUGUAAAACAGAAAUCCUCCGUGGCGUCGAUAAAGGAUCGCGAGUCCAAGGAGACUCAUCACAACACCACCUAUACGGUGACGGCGAGGACGUCGCCGGAGACGCGGGAUCAGGCCGCGCAGACCAUUGCGCCCUACACGAAUUGCCGCGUGGAACAAGCGGAACGCGCGGCACAGGCGCUCGCGGUGAGCGUACGCUACUUGGCAUUCGAGCUGGACGCGUUUGCCACUCCCCGGUUGAAGAAAGACUUCGAGAAACUGAAGGCCGAUUGCGAGGAAAUGAAGAACGAGCGAUCGGCCCUGCUGUCGGAGAUCGACGUUUUCCGCGCGAGAUGUGUCAGCAUGGAGGAGAGACUCGAGACGGAGAGGGAUGACCACCAUAAAGCUCUGGAUCAGCUUCGUGAUGAGCUGGAAGCUCAUAGGUCGAAACAGGUUGCCUCGCUCAUCGAAACUCUGGAAGAGGAAAGGCAUAAAGGUGACGUCAGGCUGGACGCAGUCACGAGGGAGCAUCGCGCGACAAUUGCGAAAUUGCGCGCCGAGCAGAUCAAUGAGCUGGCUCGGAAAGAGGAGAUGAGAAAAUCCGUGGUUCACGAUCAGGGCGCGGCGCUGAUGGCGGAGAUCGAGUCACUGAGAUCCGUGCUCGAACUGAAGAGUCAGGAGAACGCGGUCCUUCGUUCAGAGCUGGACAGUUACAGGCGUGACAUCGAGGAGAAGGACGCCUUGCAACUACGGCUCGAUAUGGCGGAAGCCAGAUGCGAGGAUCUGAAGGCGCAGCUUCAACGGAAGGAAUCCUUCGAACGGCAAAUCUCGCACGAGAACGAGAUGCUUCACGAAUCGAUUCAUCAGGUCUCGAAGCACAACAAGCGGCUGUCACAGCGGAACGAGGAGCUACAGUGGAAGCUGCGAAACAAAAACGAUUGGGUGAGCGUCCUUGCGAAUCAGCUAAAUCCACGGUUGUCCCGAUCCGCAGGUUCGGAACAGCUAGAACACAGUUAUUCGCUCGACAAGAAUGGCGCUCAUUCGUCGUCUAUGAUGAAGUUUAUGGUCGAGAAGGGCGCCUCCGUCUCUUGGACGCUGGAAAUCGACGACUUGUCGAAGGGGCCGUCCGAUUCGCUUAAUGCGAAAGCAGUUAGGACCUCUGAGGGUGCGACAACACCAGUUUCUAGGCAAGGAUCGCUCAGGUUAACGCCGAACGCAAGACCUGCCAUGGACACCAGAGCGAGAUCGAAGAGUAUCUCUACUACGUGCGAAUCGGCGCGGACCGCGACGGUGGAUGAAGCGGCCGCGUGGUCGCCUUCGUUCAACUCGACGCCGGUCACGCGACGACGUCCUAGGAAAGACCAAUCGUCGCCUUCCUCAUCAUCCUCGUCAUCGUCUUCCACAUCGUCGUCUACAGCGCCGACCGUGAAUUCCGCAGUGGCCGCUGCGGUGGCGGCCGCUGCUGCGGCGGCGGCAGCGGUGGCUGAUGAUUGCAACGUCGGCGGCGGUCAGAGACCCCAGGAGGCUGGCGGGGAAGCGAUGAUCUCCGAGGAAACGUCGGCGUCCAGCAGCGAGGACGAGUCGUCCACCGGCAGCGAUAUCCCCCGGCUGGGAAUACAGUAUGCUUGGGGCAAGCCGAUCAAGUAACACUCGAGCGAACAAUCGCGGCCUGCUAUUACCUGUCUGCGCGUUCCUUCUCCCGCGUAACAGUGCUGUUUUGAAUCGCGAAUUGUUGUACGGCCGCAAUCUCUGGUUCUCUUGCCUACAGUGGAGUCGUUCCUCGACAUGUAUUCAUUGCGGAACUUCGUUGAUCAUUCCUCUUCGUCCGUUUGCAGAGAUACGUUUACGUUUCGUAUUGUGUAACGUCGCCUCUUUUACUUUUCCAACCGAUACGUCCGACCGAGAUUCGGAGCGAGAGGAAUGGCGUUUACGUUUUAAGCAAACGUGCCGCGCGAUUUCAAACAUUUUACGUGAUUCCGGAGUAUAACGUUGUAAUUUAGUGAGAUGUUUAAGGAUGAAUUCCACGAUGUAUUUUAAUGUUACGACUGUAUAAAUUAGACUAGUACGAUUGUUUCCGUGGUUUUCCCAAUUACGAGAACGUUUCAUCUUCCCGACACACGUUUUGCAUUGCGAUUUAAGGCAGUGAUUUACCGCGUGGAUUUAAGAUAAGGAUCUUCGAAAUCCAUUAUGUAUAUCCAUAAUGAUUUACCGAUAUGCAUACAACGAAACUGCUUCGUUUGCUGUAAUCAAGGCAGCCGUGCCUUUCUUUCGGGCAAUUUUCGCCUACAAAGUUUACGGAGUUUACAAAAGUCAUUGACGUGCAUGGUCACACAAGAUUUUUUAUUUUUUCUGUUUUCUUUUUUUUGAACUUUGACGGACAUUGAAAAAGGGGAGUUCAAUGUUGUUGUUUUUUUUUUUUUGUUUUGGUUAACAGUUUUUAUUGCGGUCCUGAGAAUUUUAUCGAAUGUCCGAUUGUUUUUAUGGACACUUUUACAAUUAUGUGUGAGUACGUUUUUUAUAAGCGUCACCUACUUUUUUGUUUUUGGUACAGAGACCACGUAGUAUUGUGAAGAUAAAAAAAAUAUAUAUAUAUGUAAGAGCAUGACAAAAGAAAAAUAUUCCUCGUUCCUCGCGAUCAUGCCGAUUUUCGUACUUGUAAGUCGAUUAUUUUUCAGAUGAUGCGCGUCGUCUUGCGUUAUCCGUUUGUUGCGUUUUUGGAAAAAAAAAUCUGAUAUUGUUGGCACAAAUCCGUACCGACACUUCAGACGACGUUUGUCUGUGACGCGCCCUCGUGCGCACAACGGCAAUCGAAUCGCGGAUGGUUUACCUGGUAGAUGCAGCAGAGCAGUGAUAACCAUUAGUGACAAACUUGUAGCACGUUCCGACAAGAGCGUUAAUUUCACAGUCCGUUCCAUAGACAAGUCGUAGACUUUAGAUAUUAUAACGAGAGAGAACAUUGCUCGCCCGACAUACGGAAGCCAAGUAUUACUCACCGAGAAAGUAUGUUUUCUUUUCUCAUGUGUGCUGAUAAGAUCGAUGUAUUAUAUACUUCUCGAAUAAAUAAGUAUCAUCUAA